GCACUAUGUACGCCAGGUACGGUAUGCCGUACGGCAGUCGAACGAAGUCAGGUUCCUGACUACCCGAUAUAUUACUUUCCUCUAUGUUCCUGACCAAAGAAUAAAAUAGUAAUGUUCCAUUUUUCCCUGACAAUUCUCGUCGUCGUGUGGUGGUUUUAGUUUUUAAAAUAGUCAUACUGUGUAACUAAUGAACAAUCAGUGAUUUAACGAAGUUAUUUUGUGGUGCGGUGCAUCACCAAGAAGAUUUAAUGAAAAUCAGAAUCACCAACCUUCAUCACCUUUCGGUUACCUACCAGUAAUACCAAAAUGGCAGAGAACAAUGAUGAGACAGCCGCCGGCCUCAUGAACUAUUUACCAAAUGAAAUCUUAGAAAGCAUUUUCGUGUACUUGUCAUCGCAGGACCUGGUUCGCUGCCGCACAGUAUGCUCUAGAUGGAGAGGGGUCGUUGACCAUCUAUGCUCCAACCAGCACAUCUGGCAUAAAUGCUGUAAAGAUGACUUCCCGAAUGUUUAUACUAUCGCCCGUAAGAAGUCGAAACGAGGACUGCAUUGGUACAAUUUGUACCGAUCUCUGACGCUAUGGAAGCAAUUACAAUAUGCUUCAGAAGAACGAGACGAGUUCGCAACUGCAACAUUCUCUGCUCAAGAGAUUCGCAACUUCGAACUACUAGGGGACGGCAUCCUGGGGGUUCUCAAAAAAGGAUCUAUUGUCUAUUACGAUAUCGAAACUCUAGCGUUAUCACGCCAUAAGCCCAUCAUUGGUGAUUACUGUAAGUACACUGAAAACGAGAAUGUAAUUGUAAUAUUAAGCUACGAUCUACAAUUGUUCAUCAUUCGAAAACGUAAUACAUUCAAGCAUUUCCCCGAAGAAAUUCAUACUACUUUUGAAAGUGUAAAGUUGUUUGUUCUAGUUGCGCAUGAAUUGUUCUUCGUAAAUGUAAAUGAUGAGAUAUUCUGUUGCGACUUGCGCUGCAGAGAGUUAACAGCAGAUUUUUUGGUACAAACGGACAACAAAGCAUACGAUGGAAUCUUGUCAAUUGGUUACAGCCAUGGAAACCUCAACAUUCUUACUUUCCAACGCAACAUAUAUGUUGUUUUGAGGGAAGAUCUAUUAUUGCAAUGUACUCUUGAUACUACCUCCAAUUUACUUCAUGAACUGCAUUAUUAUAAUUUUUUGGAACAUAUGGAUUGGCGAAUAUACUUCCAAUGGAUGUAUACGAUGAACCAUGUAGUUCCUGAUGGUCCCUUAAGAGAUAUUGUUUUUAUCAGAUCACAUGGGGACGUCUAUUUUGUUGGUUGCAACUGGGGAAUAUUACGCAUAUACUAUGCUCCGUAUAAUAAGGGCCAAAUGGACCUUUUCAACAAAAAGCCAAUAAAACAGUACAACUUUAUGGAGAGAUCACUGUGUCCAGUUCUGUGCACUUGCCCCGUCCUACAAGUUGAUGUCGUAGAAGGAAAUGAUAUGCAUAUGGUUAUUGUGGCUAUGCCCAGCAAGAUUGUAGUGCUUAAAUUUAUGCACACUUUUGAGACUGAACAUUGCAUAUCUGAAGAAAUACCUUCACAGUCACUGGAAGCUUCUUCAAACUAAAUGCUAUAAUCAUUGCAUUGCAGAUUAUUUGCAUGAGCAGUCAAGCUCAACUAUACAUUUCAUAUUCAUAAAUUUAUAUUUAAAAAAAUCUUUUUCUCGUACAUCAUGAUUAUGUAGGUAGUGAAUAUUAUAAAUUUCAUAAGUGUCCUCUGUAUGUUUAUUGUAAAACAUAUUCAGUAUUAUUGUAAUAGCAGCCUAAUGAUUACAUAUUUAAGUAGUUUUGUGCAAUAAUUGCAAGUAUAUUUACUUAAGCAUAAAUGUUUGUGAAUUGGAGAUAAAAGACUUCUAGUAGGGCAGUUAUAACUGCUGGUUGGUGUUACUCUAUGUCUAUAUACUUAGGUGUAAGAAUUCAUGAUAAAACAUAAAAUGUGUCACUUUUUACUUCAGAAAUAUUUAGUUUGAGAUUUAUUCUAUAUAUUUUGAAAUUGUAAUAUUUGGUUCAUGAAAAACAUUAGAUAGGUUGACCAAUUAGGUAAACAAUCAAAUUUGGAGGAUUUAAAAAUUAUUCUGAGCUUUAAAUGCCAUAAUAUGGCCCUUUUAUCAAUUAGUAGGUAAUAUCAAGUAACUGGUAGGUACGUAAGAUUAAAAAGAUUGGGCUGUGGCAUUAUAUGAAAGAGUGCCGCGGCUUAAGAAGGAACAUGAUGUGAUUAUUAAGAGUCUGACACUCCGUCACUCUGCACACAGCAGGAGGGGUCAUUAGAGAAAUUUACUGGAUCAUAAAUAUGCCUUUUUCUUGGAUGUUAUUGAAAUUUAAUUUAAUUAAAUCAGCUUUUUCUUCAUAAUUUUUAUGCAAUAUUUUAUAAUAGGUAGAAAAACAAUAUCUUUACCAGCUUGCCUUAAUUGGCUGUCUGGAGCAGACUUUGCUUGACUUGCCUUCAUUGGCCGGUCACAAAGUGAUUCUUUAAAAUUUAGAACUAUACUGUGCGCAACCAACAGUUUUUAAUUAUUGUAAAGAGACAAUUUUACUUAUCUAAGUGUGUAGAAAUGCUGUUUAAAAAGUUGUGAUGGCUGGAGGUUGUAUCAAUCACCUUUCAGUCAAAUAAUUAAAAUAUUCGUGGUUCAUUGAUGUAUUUCACAUACAGUAGUUAUGUAAGUGUAGACUGUAGAGGCUGUUAGCUCCAUUCCAUGUAAUAAAGGAUGGGCCGCAGUACCUUACGAUCUCAAUUACGAGUUUAACACAUAACCUCUUUAUAAUUUAUUUAAUUUAAGUAAGUAUACAAUAUUUGGAGCUAUUUUAAGAGUUGUUUUACAUAUUAUGUUGUUAAGUUAAUUUUUUCAUAAAAUUAUUUACUUUGUACAGAAAUUAUGUAUUUGUAGUUUUCAAGGUUUUUCGAACCUCUUGUUGUUACAGCAUAACAUAUUGUUUUGCAUCUGCUAGUAUGUCAUUUAUGGUAAUUAGGGAGCAAACCUACAUUUUGUGAAUCUGAUUUGUAACAGUCUAGUCUUCGAUUCUAGCAAUUAAAUGUCUAAUUAAAA